AAAAUAUUUGAAUUUUUUCAUUAAUUAUUUAUUAAAACCAUGUAGAAUCAUUCCCCGUUUAUAACUUUGGGGUUCUUGAACUUUACAUCUAACUUUUUUAACCACACCGUGGGAUGUAGCAGGCAAUUUCCGAUAACGAAAACAGACGAACGAAAAGCAGGCAAGCGCGGAUGAAACCAGACAAAUAAAAAGCUGGCAAGCGCAGAUAAAAGCAGAAGAAAAUAGACAAAUAAAUUGCAGGCAAGCGAGGAUUUAAUCAGACAAGACAUUUGCGGAUAAAACCGGAGGCUUGCGGAUAAUUGACGAUGGUGCACUAACCGGACGAAAACAGGUAAAACCGAACGUUCGCGGAUGUAGCAGAGCCGACGAACAAAAAGCAGGCAAGCGCGGAUAAAAGCAGACGAAAAUAGACACACAAAUUGCUGGAAAGUGCGGAUGAAACCAGACAAAAACUGACGUUUGCGGAUGAUUGGCGAUGGUGCACUACACUGUUCAAAAUUUUAUGACCAUUUUAACAGCAAAUUAACACCAUACAUGGUCUAUAUCGAUACAAACCAAAAUGGUGUUAAAUGUGGUCCGUUGGCCCGGUGUUAAUUCAAAUACUAAAAUGGUGUUAAUUUAACUUUCACACAGUAUUAAAAUAAAUUUUACCUGGUGUAUAUUGAACUCCUGUUCAGUGUUAAAUAUUAUGUGUUUGUGGUCAAAUUAAAUCAUACUACACAGAAAAAAAGGAAAAAAAGGAAACAGGAAGUUCCUUGACGCAUUACAAGUAUAUUACCAUUGGUAUUAUUCCAGAAAAUGGAACCUUCAACUCGCUAGAGAUAAUGUUUUUAGUGCGUUCCACUAACUUAAAAUACUUCAAGUAUUGACAGCUGUUUCCACCUAUUUAAGGUCUCUUUAGUAUCGAACAACUUGUAGUGUCACACCAAAGCAAAGGAUCACCUGAGUUUAUAUAUUCUUCAUGUAAGUCAACAGAGGCGAGAUUUAAGAACAUCACGUGAUCCACACCGCCUUUGCCGCGAUCGGUACACAUUUUCAACCAUAAUUUAUGGUGUUAUAUUAACACCACUUGGUGUUGAAUUUUGACACCAUUUUAAGAUUACUUUUUACACCACAGAUAUUUUAAACAGUGUAACCGGACGAAAAACAGGUAAAACCGGAUGUUCGUUAAUUUUUUUGAAUAUUUACACGUGCACUUCCUAGCAUUUGCGGCAUAUAACAAAAAUUGUUUAACAAAUACACAUGCGCAACAGAAAAGCGAUUGUCCCUAAAGCAAAGUCUCUCUCGCGCAAGCGCGGUUUCCUUUUGCAUUUAAGUACAUUGCAGACGAGGUCCACCGUAUUAUAUAAAAUGUGUUGCCCGUAGGUUGCAUACACCUACAGUUCGAUUUUUAAAAGAAGUAACUUUCGUCAUAGAUUUAAAACCUGUUUUUCGACAAACGUAUCGCUGUAUGCCAUCGCUCCAUGGCUAGCGUGCGUGGGCGUGAAUUAAUUUAGAUUUUGAUUUAUUUAGAUAGGAUAAAGAACAUUUGGGAUAUGGAUAUGGUGGUAAGAGAUUACAACGAAAAAUCCAUAACCAUAUAUCGAUCUCCAUUGGGUACCUUUUAUACAACUGGAGGCUCAGAUAUAAAGGAAAAAUACGAACGAUUGUACAAUUGGUUGUCCUAUAUGAUACCAGAACAAAAUUCGGAUCUUGAAAAUAUAAAAGGCUUAGCGCAGUCGUUAAAAGACCAAAACAAAAACUUACAAAAUAAAGACAUAAAAACCAAACCUAAACUUCAGAAAACCUUUAAAAAUGAUGAACCAGGAAAAAGGCUAUACUCAGCGGUUCUACAAGGCUUACCUUGUGGAAAAAACGAACAUAUGUCACUAUUUACAAAUCAAGAAGAAAAAGCAGAAACACUUUUAUGCUUACCGAUAGCCAAACUGAAGAAUACCAUUGUUAAUGCCGUAUCAAACUUGCAAAAACCUGCAGAAGAUUUACAUCAAUCUUCUGACAGUGAUUUGCUGGGGGGUGUGGGUUUUACACAGUCAAAUUCCACUGAUGAUGGUAAAAUAUUCAAUAACCAACAACCUAUUACAGUUAACAGCCCUCCAAAAGUCUGUGAUAGUGUUAAAGUGCCAGAUGAAGUUCCUCCUGGCUUUUUGAAUACUUAUUCCAAUUUUGUAAGCAAUAUUAACUUUGGAAAACCUUCUACCGCAAAUAUUACGCCGGUUAACAACAGUGGUUACGUGAAUAAUUAUAGCAACUACCAAUUUUCAUCCCACUUUACUAACAGUAGCUACCACCAGACAAACAAUUGUAUUUACUCGAACAACACCUACUGUAAUGUAUCGCAAGUAGUCACAAAUCGUUCUACCAUGCAAACGUAUUCGAGAAAUUACAUUCCCAACUCGUACCCCACAUACCCCACAUCAAUGCUGAUGUUGCAACAAAACAGAUCGACCCUAUACCCCCCUUUGACCCCACAAGGGGGGUACUUCCAACAAACGCACCAGCAAAAUUUCUAUAGUCACCCUAUGUCGCUGUCUUUAAGAACUGGACAAAAUUUAAGUUCUUAUACUAGGAAUACCAUAUCAUCACAGAGGACUUUAUAUCCGCAACAUUUUGUCAGUUCCUCCGUUCCUCCCUCUCAUUGGGUUCAACAGUGUUACGGGGAGGCCGCCCAGGGGAGCAGAUUAAAGAUUAAAAGUAGAAAAAUGACUAAUCCACAGGUCAAUUUACUACAAACUAGGAUUAAGAUGAAGCCUCCUGGGUUGGAUGUGGACGAUAAAAGGGCGAGCAAAAAGUUUUCUGUCCCUCAAAAUCCAGGAAAGGUGUUAACUAAUGCAAAGUUUGAAAAAAUGAAUGACUUUGAAGAGGUGGUAUCCAAAACGGUGGACGUGGUUCUGGAGGAACGGCACGAGGACUUCCUGCCCAUCCAGGUAAGCAUGUCCGAGGUUCUGGAGCUGGAAGCCCUGGAGCAGUACAACCCCUCUAACGAAAACGUGUACUUGGAUCUGGAGAGGCAGGCAGCCGAGCAGUACGACCCGUAUUCGGAAAACUGGAGAGGCCCCCCGACGCCUAGCCCUGCUCUCGGGGGGUCGCAAAUUUAUAUUAUUUUUAUCCGAAUGUUUUAAACGAAUUUCAAGUUUAUGAGAAUACAAAUUUUUCUUAAACUGUUACGUCUUUUAGUUCUGGGAUGUUACGACAUUUUAAGAAAUUAGGGUGUUUACUUAAUAUGGUUUACAAGUAUU